AUGAUAUUGUUAAAUCCAGCCGAUCAGCAGUUGCAGAGGAUAGUUUGGAGAGAUAGCGCAGCGGAACCGCUUCGGACAUUCGCUCUCGUCACGGUUACGUACGGUACGGCAUCAGCUCCAUAUCUAGCCACAAAGUGUCUGCAGCGCUUGUCGGAUGAAGGCCAAGAGGCAUACCCCAGUGCUGCCAAGAUCCUCAGGAAGGAUUUCUACGUAGAUGACAUGCUGUCUGGUGUAGACGACAUAGAAGGUGGGAAAGAGCUCAUCGGUCAGAUGAUAGGACUGCUGCAAUCUGCGGGAUUCUCUCUUCGAAAAUGGAAUUCUAACAGCAAAGAAUUGCUGUCAGCGGUGCCGGAGGAAUUGAGAGACGAGCGAUCGAUUUUGGAAUUGGAUUCAUCGACCGCUGCUGUGAAAACGCUAGGUUUGACUUGGGAGCCCAGCACCGACUGCUUCCGGUUUAGUUCGCCAGAAUGGGAUGAGUCUGCAGAAAUUACCAAAAGGAGCGCCCUGUCGGAUGCAUCCCGACUAUUCGACCCGCUGGGUCUAGUAGGCCCGGUCAUCGUUCAAGCAAAGAUUUUCCUGCAGGAGCUCUGGAAACACGAUUGCGAGUGGGACGAUCCUUUGAACGCACGAUUACAAGAGCAGUGGCGUGAGUACCGGCGGAAUUUGGUAGGUCUUGCAGAGAUCACUGUUCCUCGAUGGAUAGGAACUAGUUGCAGCAACAAAUUUGUUGAGAUCCACGGCUUCUGCGACGCUUCAAUCAAAGCUUACGGUGCCUGCAUAUACAUCCGCACUGUAACAGCAGACGGAAGCGUACACGUGCAUCUGCUGACCUCCAAAUCUCGAGUAGCUCCGCUCGAGAAUUUAAAGAAAAACAAAAGUUGCUGUCCAUUCCCGUCUAGAACUGUCGUCGGCACUGCUCCUGGCACACCUGUACGAAAAGGUCGCCAAAAUAUCAACAUUGUCGCCAAGUGUUACUUCUGGGCUGAUUCAACAAUUGUCGUAUGCUGGUUGUCAUCGUCACCGUCAAGAUGGAAGCAGUUUGUGGCGAAUCGCGUCUCCGAAAUCCAGCAUAUUACGAAGGGUAGUGACUGGAAUCACGUUGCUGGAGAAGACAAUCCUGCAGACAUUAUUUCUCGGGGCAUGUCGCCGACACAACUGCAGUACGAAUCGCGCUGGUUCCACGGACCGAAUUGGCUGAUGUUGGAUCAGAAAUACUGGCCCGAUUCCAAGCAGAUCAACGAAAGUGGCAUCAACAAGGUAGAUUUGGAAGAAAAGGCUGUCGUCGCUGUACUUCCAGCAGUUUUACCCAGCGAGAUAUUUGGUCUUCGAUCGUCGCUAGCAGAUCUGGUACGGCUGACAGUCUACAUCCUUCGAUUCAAAUGGAAUUCUUCACCAGAAAAUCGGUUGGACAAGAAAGUCGGCUACAUCACUUUCCAGGAGUACAACGAAGCGCUCAAAAGACUGAUAAAGCAAUCCCAGCGAGAAAGUUUCUCUCAGGAAUUGGCGGACAUCGCUAAGUAUGAUCAGGUGCAAGACUCUUCGAGAAUAGCUGGACUAAACCCACAACUUGUCGGCGGUAUAUUGUGCGUUGGCGGCCGGUUGAAUAAUGCAGCCGUACCUGAUAGUCAAAAACAUCCGUACAUCCUCGAUCACCGUCAUCCCCUCACAAAACUCAUCGUUGUUUAUUACCAUCGGAAGUACUUGCAUUCUGGUCAGCAACAGAUGGUAUCGGCUGUUCGAGAGCAAUUCUGGCCCACGAGCGCCAGAAGCCUCGCAAGGAAAGUGGUCCACGAAUGUGUCCAGUGUUUUCGUGCGAAACCUAAAAUUCAGGACCAACUGAUGGCUGAUUUACCUCCAGAGCGAGUGCGGCCAUGUUCCCCCUUUCAGAAGGUCGGAGUCGACUACUGUGGUCCAUUCUACGUGUUCUACCCACAACGUCGAGCACGACCAAUCAAGUGCUUCGUGGCAGUGUAUGUGUGCCUAGUUACAAAAGCAGUACACUUGGAGCUAGCGGCUGAUUUGACGACACAAGCCUUUCUUGGGACAUUGCAACGAUUUUCGGCACGUCGCGGCAAGCCGUCGCUUAUAAUGUGCGACAAUGCUACAAACUUCGUUGGCGCCAGGCGGAAGCUGGAUGAGCUUGCCCAGCUGUUUGCUAGCCAACAAUUUUCGGAUGCGGUACUACGCCAAGCAGCAGAAGAACGAAUCGAGUUUCGGUUCAUUCCAGCCCGGUCACCAAAUUUCGGAGGGCUGUGGGAAUCAGCGGUGAAGUCAUUUAAGAAUCUUUUCAAGCGGACUAUUGGCACACGUGCCUUGGAAUACGAAAAGAUGCAAACGGUCCUGACUCAAACAGAAGCAAUCCUGAACUCCAGGCCGUUGACUCCGAUCAGCAACGAUCCAGACGAUUUUGAGGCUCUCACACCAGGACAUUUCCUGAUUCAGCGGCCACUAGCGGCCAUUCCGGAGCCCGAUCUUGGUGGCAUUCCGGACAACAGGCUUUCGGCUUGGGAAAAAGUGCGAGAUUUUACCCAACUAUUGUGGAGAAAAUGGUCCAAACAAUAUCUGUCCAAUCUCCACAAUCGGACAAAAUGGACGCGGCAUAGGGACAAUAUCACAGUUGGUACUAUGGUUGUUCUCAAGGAGGAAAAUUUGCCACCGUUGAUGUAG